AUGAGUUCGCGCCCUUUCCUAUUAAAGACCAGCUCCCUGGCGUUGAUUUCUGUGUCUCCAGCUCUCCUCCUUGGCGUAAUUACUCCUUUUCUCUCCUUUUCUUUGCGUUUAACUGAAGCAAUACUAGUAGGAUUUCAGCAUUAUCUCGUGAUGCUCGGGACUACUGUGAUCAUUCCUUCCAUAGUGGUUCCUUUGAUGGGCGGUGGCAAUGUGGAGAGGGCUGAGAUGAUUAACACAUUGCUCUUUGUCGCGGGGAUAAACACUCUCUUGCAGACUUGGUUUGGCUCUCGCCUUCCUGUGGUUAUUGGCGGAUCCUAUGCUUUUAUCAUCCCCACAAUCACCAUUGCUUUGUCGACUAACAACAGUACUAAUGUCAUAUUCCUUAGUCCACGACAGAGGUUUAAGCGAUCCGUGAGAGCUGUACAAGGAGCACUUAUUAUCGCGUCAGGCUUUCAAAUGAUCAUUGGUUUCUUUGGAUUCUGGAGAAUUUUUUCAAGAUUUCUCAGCCCACUUGCUGCAAUACCUCUUGUGAUUCUCACUGGACUUGGGCUCUAUGCACGUGGGUUCCCACAACUAGCGAGAUGUAUGGAAAUUGGACUCCCAGCACUACUUCUGUUGGUCUUCAUAUCACAGUUCGUUCCUCAUAUGAUGAAAUCAAGGAGCGCCAUAUAUGGUCGGUUUGCAGUCCUGUUUACAGUUGCAGUUGUAUGGGCAUAUGCAGCAGUUUUGACUGUUGCUGGUGCAUAUAACAAUAGGCCUCCAAACACGCAAUUUAGCUGUCGUGUUGAUCGUGCUGGGCUCAUUAGUGCUGCUCCUUGGUGA